UUGCUCUCCCCCGCCUCGCACCGCCCCCACACUAGCCAGCCGCCGCCGCCGCCGUCCUCCGCCGCCGCAGCAUCGCCGUCGACCUCUCGUCUUCUCCCUCCCCGGCGUCUCGCCUGCACCACCGCGCCUCCCGCCUCUAGGUUUCACUAACAUUGGUAACCGCAGCUCCGGCCUCCGGGGCCCCGGUAGCUCGCCGCUGCUGCGCCGAACCCUCUAUUCCGUCGCACUCCGGUGAUGUCGGACACGGAGGAGGAGCGCCGUCUAGGGCGCGGGUCGGCGGGGGCGGAGGCGGGGGCCGAUGGGCAGGAGGACCCUGACGGGGAUGAGGAGGAAGAGGAAGAGGAGGAGGAGGAGUACGAGUUCUGCGACGCCGAGGAGGCGAUGCAGUGCGUGGAGAUGGCGGAGCGGAGUGCCCCCGACGCCGGCGUGCAUGACUACGAGGCGCUCGCCGCGCGCAAGCGCAAGGCCCUCGCCGAGGAGCGAACCGAAAGGGAUGCAUCUUCAAAGAAGCCAAGGCAGGAUGGGCUUUCAGAAGUGGAAGCAGCGACUGUGUUUGACCAACUAAUGGAAGGCUUUGGCCUUCGUAGGAAAAGAAGGUCCAAAGAUGCCAGGAAAAGGGGAAGAAAGAAAGGAACAAGGAAUAAGUACAGUCCUGAAGUUACUAAAAAAUUGGGUGAUGCCACACUGCUUUUUACAGAGAGCAGAUUUAAGGAGGCAAUUCCUAUAUUACAUGAGGUUGUGCGGAUCGCGCCGAAUUUGUCAAAUUCAUACCAUCUACUUGGUAGCAUUUAUAAAGAGUGCGGUGAACUAGAUAAAGCCAUAAACUUUCUAAUGCUCGCUGCAUAUGUUUCUCCAAAGGAUGUAUUUUUGUGGAAGAAACUCAUUGACAUGGCAUUGAAAAAGGAAGAUGCUGCUUUAGCAAGACACUGUGUUUUAAAAGCGAUGAGAGCAGAUCCUGAAGAUGUAGGACUGAAGUUUGAUUGUGCUAAUAUAUAUCGCGCUUUGCAUGACUAUCAGAAAGCUGGAGAGAUAUACGAGCAGAUAGUCAGAAUUUAUCCUUCAAACAUUGUUGCUCGUAAAGCAGCAGCACAGAUGUACAGGGACUGUGGUCAAAUUGAUAAAGCUAUUAAUUUAUUGGAGGAUUAUGUGAAUGCUCAAACUACAAACAUCGACUCGAAUCAUCUGGAUCUACUGAUAUCCCUUUAUCUGAGAAAUAAUGCCUAUAAUGAAGCAUUGAGGCUGAUUGAGAGAGCACAUAUAGUGUUUGGAUCUCAACACAAUUUGCCAGUACAAUUGCAGGCAAAAGCUGUAAUCUGCCAUGCUUAUCUUGGAGAUAUGAAGCAUGCCGAGGUGUUUCUUCAGAAUGUGCAUCUGGAGCGUUCAAAAGAUAACACCGAUGUGAUCAAGGAGGUUGCUAGCACUCUCGAAAAUUUAGGACAAUAUGAGUAUGCAAUAAAGUUUUACCUGAUGAUUGAAGAUGUUGCUGUUCAUAAUGAUGGUAGUUCAUAUGUGAAAGUUGGUCAAUGCUACAUGGUCAUAGGGGAGAAAAGGAAAGCAAUUCCUUACUUUCAGAAAGCCUUGCAAAGAAUGGAGGACAACAUUGAUGUGCGAAUAACUUUAUCCUCUCUUUUUGUUGAUGUGGAUAAGAGUGACGAAGCUAUUGUUUUGCUUUCUCCUCCUAACAAUUCAGGGUCAAAGUCUGCUACAGAUCAACCGAAGCCAUGGUGGCUUGAUGGGAAAGUAAAGAUGCACCUUGCGAACAUAUAUUACAAUAAAGGCAUGUUCGAGGACUUUGUGGGCACCAUUCUUAUACCCAUUCUUGAAACACUGAAUAUUGAGUAUGCUAAUCGAAAGGUGAGGAAAGCUAAAAAACUUCCAACUAAUGUUCUAUAUGAAAGAGCCAAAGUGUUAGCUGAACAACGUCCAGAAAGCGUGUUUCAAGGAUUAAGGCCAAUAGCAUCACCGGCAGAGUUACAAAAGGCAAGCAGAGCAAAGAAGUUGCUAGAGAAAAGAGCAGCUUCGAAUGAAGAUACGAUAAAAGAUGAUCUGCAAAGGUCGAAGCAAAUACCUCCGAUAUCUGGUCUACUUACGAAUGCAGAGAACCAUCAACUUGUGUUACAUCUUUGCCAAACAUUAGCUUUGCUUCACCGAUACUGGGAGGCUCUACAAGUUAUCAACCGUACUCUUAAACUUGGAAAUGAUACUCUCGCUGAUGAGAACAAAGAGGAGCUCAGAUCCUUGGGUGCUCAAAUAGCUUAUAGAGCUCCAGACCCUAGACAUGGCUUUAAUUAUGUCCGCUAUGUAGUUCAGCAGCAUCCAUAUUCCCUUGCUGCAUGGAACUCAUACUACAAGGUGACAUCAAGAAUAGAAGAUAGGUUCUCACGUCAUCAUAAAUUUCUUCUACGGACAAGAGAAGAAAAGACUGACUGUGUGCCUCCUAUAAUCAUAUCUGGCCAUCGAUUUACGGCUAUCAGCCAGCAUCAGUCAGCUGCUCGUGAUUAUCUGGAAGCUUAUAAAUUGAACCCAGAAAAUCCAUUUAUAAAUCUCUGUGUUGGAUCUGCUCUAAUUAAUUUAGCCCUUGGCUUUAGGCUUCAGAAUAAGAACCAGUGCAUCGUUCAAGCUUUGGCAUUCCUCUUUCGAUAUCUGCGUCUUUGUGACAACAGCCAGGAAGCCUUGUACAACAUCGCUCGGGCGUAUCAUCAUGUUGGCCUCAACACCUUGGCAGCAAUUUACUACGAGAAGGCUUUAGCCGUUGAGGUGAAAGAUUACCCUAUUCCCAGGCUUCCAUACGAGGAGAAUUCCUGUGCCCAGCAGGAUCUCAAGCCAGGGUAUUGCGAUGUACGAAGAGAGGCUGCGUUCAAUUUGCAUCUGAUUUACAAGAAAAGCGGAGCAGAUGAUCUCGCCAGACGGAUUCUUAGGACUUACUGUACUAUUUAGUAGUAGAUAGAAUUAUACAUGUAUAUAUUUGGUAUUUGCUAGUGUUCAGGUGACUGGGAACUGCACAAAUUUUAGUUGAAUUUUGUGGCCGUCCAUUUCUCUUCAAGAUUUGUGCACGAAUAUGAGCUUUUGUUUCUUUGUCGGAUCUGGAAUCCACUAGGACACAGUACCUGAAAUUUUGUAGGCUAAUAUGGGCAUGUUCA